UGACAGAUAACACAUCUUUAAAUUAAACAUUGAACUAUUUGCGAAUAAGACCUAACUCAAUAGAUUGGAGUGUUACUCGAGUGAAAUUGGAAAUCAAACUUACGGUUAUAGAUCAGAACAGUGACAGGCAUGAUACUGUGUUAAAAUAUCAGACACAACAACUUUACUUACGAAAAUAGAAUUGUAGAAAAUAUUUAAAGACUAUGUUGAGAUUUACACGGAAUGGAAUAUGUGCUUUGUGCAUGGUAUAAAUAAUGGAAAUAGUGUUAAUCUUCUCGUGUGUUAAUAAACAUCAAAGCUGAGAGAUAUUGAAUUUUCUGUUAUCACAUCUAAACUGACAGAUGAUUGACGUGGUGGGUUACGGUCAGUAUAACCGGCAGCUUCCAGGUAUCCAUGACAACAGCGGAAUGUCCAUGCCACAUGGUGCCCGGAUGUCACCCGGAAACACGCUACAGACGUUACAUCCGGUUUCACAAGAGAUACAGCACACGCAACACACUCAGCACACUUCCGUCAUCAAAAAACUUGACCAUUCUGUAGAAUCAUUCAUUCCCAGUACAAAUCAGCACAACAUUAAUCAAAACAAUGAUUCAGAUAACUUGCAAAGUGAAAAUUUUGAUGCCUCCAACGAAUCGAUAAUUGACGAUGAAUUCAGCGAUCAUGAUUCUCAUUAUUCGGAAGACCUGGAGGAUAUUGACAUGGAUUUGGAACCAAAACCGGACAUGACGAGACAGUUACUAGAUUUCGCGACUAUGGUGAGCACCGAUAUUCAAAAAUUCUUUGGAAGAAAGAAAGGGGAAGAUGACUCUUGUGAUAUUUAUGAAGACAAAUGGAAAUCAACAAAGUCUGGUAGAGAACUGUAUUACGCCGAUCUUAUGAAAAUUGUUCACGGUGAGGAUAAACCUAACGGUAAGGGAGGUAAAAAAUCACCACCACUUCUCGAUAUUUCAAACUCUGUAAGUGAACAGAGGGACAACAGAAACUCAUUUACUGGGAAAUUCGAUAAGAAGUUAGGUAUUGGUCCUCUAAAUGAGCUAUUUGAAUAUGGUUUACGCCAUUUUUUGACAGACAAAAAACUAAAACAUACCAAAGAAUUAAAACGUCUGAAGACUGAUUCUAAGAAAUUUGACAGUGUGGCACCAAUGCAUACAAGGAAAUUACCAACCUCUUUCUGGAAAGAGCCUGGUUCUCAACAAACAAACUCUGGAGAAAGCAGACAAAAUGGCGGCAAUUCUGUGUUGCAGACGAACAAUCCUCCUGACUUUAGUGAUCUGUUAGAAAGCUGGAGACUUGAUCGUAACGAGUUUAGUGGUGACAUGUCAUCAAGUGAAGUGAGCAUGUCCCCAGAAUCAGUCUGAAAUUGGUUUAAAAAUAAUGUUCUUGUAUGCACAUGUGAAUGAAAAUUUAAAUUAUCAUCUGACAUACAUUAACACUGUUGUCUAUACUAUUUCGCAAUUUUUUUUAGGAACAGCGUCGCUGAAAGUGCUCUGUUUGUGAGAAAAAGAUAUGUCGUAUUUCUAUUUACGACGGUGACCAGUGCGUCUGUCUCAUACGAAGUGCUAGUGAAUCAUUUUACUGUGCUUCGUUACGUAUAUGUCUAACUUAUACAAUUCCUUACAUAAAUUUUAUAUAGGGCCUCUCCUGAUUGAAAAAGAGAUUUGACACCAAGGCCAUAUUUCAGGUCUUACUAACAACAGUUUUGUGAAUUUUACAUGCACACAGAUUGAUUUCUUUGUUAUGUUCUGAAUGAUAAAAAAUCAAGGGUUAGAAUGCAUUUUGUUUCUCUCCUAAUGUAAGUGAGCAGAAGUAUAUUAACUAAUUACAAAGUAAUUUGCUAUAUGUAUUGACAAUAAAAUUUAUAAUAUUGCGUCCAUCAAUUGAUCAUAAUUCGCGCCCAUUUUUUUUUCAAAUGUGAGAGACUGUGUUGUAAGUGCUUUGAAAAAAUGAAAUAGAUUUGUUAAUUUUAAUGCACCUGUUUCUGCUCGUAUGAUUUAUUUUUCGUUUCUAAUAAUAAGCACAACUAUCGAUUAUCUGUAAGUUAGAACAUAUAUAGGCAGAACUGUAUAACUCAUGUAUUCUCACGUAUCUUCAGUUUGUAUCUUUUUCAGAAAAGUGUGUGUGUGUGUGUGUGUGUGUGUGUGCGUGCGUGCGUGCGUGCGUGUGUGGGUGCCUUCUGUUGAGAACCCAAUUUUGCUUUCAUUGCUAAAAUGCCACAUCAAUGAGAUGAGCCCGCCCGCUUAGCUCAGUGGGUAGAGCGUUGGUCUACGGAUAGCGGGGUCGUGAGUUCGAUCCUCGGGCGGGGUGUAUGUUCUCCGUGACUAUUUGAUAACAACAUUGUGUCUGAAAUCAUUAGUCCUCCACCUCUGAUUCAUGUGGGAAAGUUGGCAGUUACUUGCGGAGAGCAGGUUUGUACUGGUACAGAAUCCAGGAACACUGAUCAGGUCAACUGCCCGCCGUUACAUGACUGAAAUACUGUUGAAAAACGGCGUUAAACCCAAAACAAACAAACAUCAAUGAGAUGAAAUAAAUGGUGCAUUGUUUCCGUUUUUAAACAUAACUUUACAAAAUUAUUAUUCUUUAUAACCUGGUGUAGUUCAUGUAAAGCGAUGGAGUAAAGGUGGUUAAUCUGAUUUUGCUCAAGUAAUGGACGUGUUUGAAACUUUAAUAACUAAUCAUUUACACGUUGUUUGUGUUCAGGAAACUUCAGUCUCCCAACAUUAUUUUAGCAUAAGUGUAAAAGUAAUAAACGCAGUAUGCCUAAGAAAUAAUACGAAUUUAAAGACUUUUGUACUGCAUUAGUCAGAGGUUUAUAUUGACAAUUAUAUAUUUUGCCGAAAUUCAUUAAAAUGCAAGUUUGUAAAAAUACUAUAACUUCCCGUUGCGCAAACAAUAUAAUUUGCAAAUAGAUUAAUUUCAAAGCAAACGCAAAUGUAAAAACUUGAAAUCAUACUGAAAUCCAAAUCCGCUUUUUAAAUAAUUUUAUAUGUAUGAGGAUAAUUACAAAGUUUCAUAAAAAUAAUAAAUCAUACAUUUCUAACAAGGAUCUAACUCCUUAAAAAAUCUCUAGAUAAAAAAUAUGUUAUAAAAUGUUGCCUAGAUAUAACUGACCAUCAAAGUUAAGUAUAGCUUAUCAUACCCCGAACUUCUUUUUACAUUGCAUUAAAUUUGAAAAUCGCACAUAAACUUCAAACAAUUGCCCGAUUGUAUCUAUUGCAUUUUUUUAAUAAGUGUGCCUUUGUUUACAAGUUGAGUGAAAAAUAACAUUUUUGUUGCUGCUGUCUUCAUUAUUAUGUGCUGUAUGUGUAUAUAGUGUCUUAUCUUGUUUAUUUUGCUGUUCUGUUGUUGUUGUUGUUGUUGUUUGGUACUCUCGUACCUGGGCGGGGAAGAACUGAUCUGAUUUGUAAAUGUUCUUGUGUAUAUCAUUAAAAUUAUUUUUCCAUUAUUUAGAAACUGAUUAUUCUUGCAUUUGAAACAUUAUUAAAGGUGAAUAGGCAAUACUUGAAAACAUAUCGAUUGGGACAUAUCUUGUUGAAACAUUUAAAAUGGCGAAAGAAUGUAUUAAGAACGGGCUACACGAAAACAGCCUUUUGACUCAUUCCAAAUAAACAACAGUCAUGAUUAUAGUCAUUACUAAAUAUGAUAGUUAUUGCAAAAUUAUAUCAGAUACAAAUAUAUGAAGGGUUUGAUUCAGUGUGUGCAUUUUUACACUUGAAUUAAUUAAACCGAAUACUUUAGGUGUAAUCCAUUGAAUAACCAAAAAAUGGUAAUAUCCAUAUAUGGAAGAAACGAUGGCGACGGCAGGCUUCCCAAAAAUGGCCACAAUUGCUUUGCAAUAAAAAAUAGAUCUAUAUCUAAAUUUCAGGGACGAACGCCAUGCCUGUUUUAUGCUUCAGAAUGUACUGUCUGAUUACAUAUGUCGAAAUGUUGAUAAAUACCUUUUUAUUAUGUCAUUUGUUGUAAAUAGACUUCAUGUUUAUUAAUGUUAUAAUUUCUAGUCGAGAACUGAUGGCCGCUGCGUUGAUUAGUUUUGAAUUUUUCAGAUUCUAAUUCAUGUGUAUAAGAUACUUAUUUUGAAUGAUUUUUGUUGAUAUUAAUUGUUUAUAAAAUGAAGUCACGUUUCAGAAAGUAGAGCAGCCAUUAGGGAGGAUUCAUUAUUUGAAUAACAAAAUGUAUGGAAGAUAUUUUUCAAUCAAAUGCAUACAAUUAUUCGUUUUAACUUAAAGUAUUUUUAUGAUAUAUCAACGUAUCAAAGAUAAUUUUCAUAUUUUUGAGUAUAUUUUUGUUCAUUUGAAGACAAUUUAUUCUGCACUUCGUCAUAAAGUUAUACGCGUAAAAUCUUACUAAACAAUUUUUUCUCUGUCGCUGAAAAUUAAACGGGGAAAACGUGGUUAAACUAUAUUUGAAUGGAAAAUAGCAUUCAAAAUCCUUCUUUUUUGUUUCACUGAUACCUUCCACAGAGAAGAUGCAUGUAGGUACCAGGCGAAAAGUGCAGCGCUGUUGGAUAAAUUGAAGAAAUAUUUCUUGCCACAUAUAUAUUUUGAAAUGUGCUCUUAAUCUUAGUAAAGUGCUUCUUGGAUAAAUAUUUAAGGUUUUUCCCUGCAUGGCGAAUUUUUUAGAACUAUGUUCUCACUACGACAAUGCUCUCCGGACAAAGGCGUAUUUAGAAUUUAUGUAUGUAGGCAUUUGGCUCCUAUUUUUCAAGGAUACAAAUGUAAAUGUUAUUGAAAAAAAUGUUUGUGUUCAUUAGAUAAAUAUUUAAACUAGGGCAAUAUGCCAUCUUUAGUAUUACGAUAUUGGCAGUUUCAACAUGAAAAGUAGUUAACCAUAGGAUACUUGUGUUUCGUGUAAAAUAUGCUCAGUUCAACCAUUUAAGACAUAAAAUUCGUUACUUGCAAAACAAGAAAUGCUAGCUAUGGGAGAUGCUAUUUUGAAUUAUUAUUAUCCGGACCAAAAAUCAAAGCUAGGUUUGCUAAUAAACAAUUUUUGAGGAUGAAUGUCCAAUUUAUUUUUCUUUCACACAAAAUCCCCAAAAUGCCUAUACCUGUGGUGAUUCAAAAAACAAUUUGUGUAAUUUUAAAUUAGGCUUUUUAAAUUAGGCUUUUAUAUAAUACGUGACACCUUAUAUUAGAUUAGACAUUAUUAGAUAAAAGCAAAUUAUUUGUAUAAAGUCUUUAACAUCUGAAAUUUGGUGGGACUAGCAUUUUCAUCAAACCCUUCGGCCUCCUUUUAGUUCUCGCAUAAAAGUCAUUCAAAUGUAUUUUUCUUGAAUAUGUUCAAUGUUGUUACUCAAGUGUCGGGUAUGCAGGGUAAUAUUGUAGUAUUGUAUAUUGCUUGAUGAUAAAUCUGAAGUUUUGUCUUAUUACAUAUGAAAAGAUAAUAAAAUUAACGUAAUUCA